UCAGGAUUCUUGCAGUCGGGUCCUGCUGUCAGUCUUCUGACUGCUGGUAUUUUGACAGCAUCCCCUACUGAUUCCUGGGUCAUGUUACAGUGUAUGAUGUCAUAGAGGGCUAGCAGAUAGGUCACCAUAUUCUGAACAGAUGCUUUCCACAGCUCUCCAUGUUAUCUAACAGACAGAAGAAAGAAAAUAAAAACUGAGGUACAAGAAGUUGCCUGGAUUUCACAUCAGAAACAUGGAUAAUAUUCAUAGCAAGGAGGUGAAGACUUUGAGAACCAAGAAUGCCUUUCUCCUUGCCCAGAGCACUGAACUGAAGAAGAUGGUUGACUUGUUGCAGGAAAACCUGGAGCUGAGAUGCUCUCUGAGGGACCAUGAGAUUCUCUUGCGCAGUCUUCCACCUCUAGGGAAAGCAUGUCCAAACAUUCCAUAUAAGAGAGAGGAUGUUCAAGAAACCCCUUGCCGCGAUCCCACUUAUCUCCAACUCUGCAAAGGUCUUACUGGCGAUAUAGCCUUCCAACUGGAGCGACGGAUUCUCGCAUUUGUCUUCAAGGACCUUGGUCGUUAUUAUGGUUUCAGUGUGGCCAACAUAGAGGAAAAGAUUCUGCAGUCCACUUAUUGUCCUGUGACCAACAAAGUAGACGAAAAAUUAAGGGAUGAGAUGAACCAACGCUACGCAGCAGUCAUGAAGAAGCUAAAAAAACUGAAUUAUAACCCAAGUGUGCACCCAAACUUCUCGGAAUACCUGGUGAAUACAUACGGAAUACUAACAGCCCAUCCAGUCGGCAGCGAACUGGCCUCCUACAAGGACCCAAAGAUAUUACGUAAGAUGGUGGCCGACGCAGUAUCUAAUGAUGUACUAGAAGAUGUAUAUAUCCUCCUCAAUUGCCUAAUUGCAUUGGCCAAAGAGGACGGUAAGCCGAUAUUGAGCUUGUAGAGGGAGGUUCUGUUGCCCCAUCUUACAAAAGUAUAUCCUCCUUCCAGAGAAUUCCAUCAAUUGGCCCAUACUGUGCAUAUACGUUAAAAUAAAGGUCAUUCUUA